UCUGUGUGUAUUUGUCCGCCACGGCCUCCCUUGCUUGGCCCUGGCUGGGAAGUAAAGAGGCGGGGAGGGAAUGGUGUAGCAGGCAGGACGCUGUAAUACCACUCCACGGGAAUGUGAAACUUUAGGACUGAAACCACCCACAAGACGUAGUGUCUGCUUGCCUAAAUACUUUUUACGUGGUUUCUCAUGGAAGCAGAUGGAUUUGUGAGGAAGCGUCGGAUGACAGCGGAGACUACAGGCAAUGAUCCCGGGGUUGCUGGUGCAUCUGCCGGGGCAGAAGUUCGAUGGCUGGGGGGCAGAUUCUGGGGAGUUUCGGAAAGUAUCGUGGGAAGCCUGACACCCCGGAUCGGAGGGGAAACGGAGCUACAGACUGUUGAUUUCAUCCGUAGUGCACAAGAUGCACAACCAGAGGACACUGAACCAGACUAUGAGGGUUUGCCACAGGGAGCUUCCACUAGCACCCACAUGUUGGCUGGAGCCGUGGCCGGGAUCAUGGAGCAUUGCCUCAUGUUCCCCAUCGACUGUGUCAAGACACGCAUGCAGAGCCUCCAGCCCGACCCCGCAGCCCGCUACAGGAACGUGAUGGAUGCUCUCCGACGAAUUGUUGCCACAGAGGGAGUCUGGCGACCAAUGCGAGGGCUGAAUGCAACCGCAGUUGGGGCAGGGCCUGCCCAUGCCCUCUAUUUUGCCAGCUAUGAGAAACUCAAAAAGACUCUAAGUGAUGUCAUUCACCCAGGGGCUAACAGUCAUUUGGCUAAUGGAACAGCUGGGUGUGUGGCCACACUGCUUCACGAUGCUGUCAUGAACCCAACUGAAGUUGUGAAGCAGCGCAUGCAGAUGUAUAAUUCGCCUUACCGCGGCGUGAUGGACUGUAUACGCGCCGUGUGGCAGAAAGAGGGCCCCGCUGCGUUCUACCGCAGCUACACCACCCAGCUCACCAUGAACGUGCCCUUCCAGGCGCUCCACUUCAUGACCUAUGAGUAUCUUCAGGAGCUGCUCAACCCCCACAGACAGUACAAUCCCUCGUCCCACAUGUUGUCCGGAGCUUUGGCUGGUGCCAUCGCGGCUGCGACCACCACGCCUCUGGACGUCUGCAAGACCCUGCUCAACACCCAGGAGUCUCUAGCCCUCAGCUCCCUGUCUUCUGGCCAAGGCCCCGGUCAGAGCCAAGGCCCAGGAGCCCACAGACACAUCUCGGGCCUUGCCCACGCCUUCAGGACUGUUUACAGGCUGGGCGGCCUGAAGGGCUUCUUCAGGGGAGUCCAGGCGAGGAUCAUCUACCAGAUGCCCUCCACAGCCAUCAGCUGGUCUGUCUAUGAGUUCUUCAAGUAUGGACUCACCAAGCACCAGCACAACAAGAGGAAAACGCAGCACAUGGAGGCUGAGAUCUAGAUUUCUCCUUUGUUCAUUCUCCUCUAAUAAUGUUCUGGCCUCCCUGUGAGGAGAAGAUGAAGUCAAUACGCACAUAGAGUCUGACUAAAAUCCAGCUCAGUUGUCCCAUGCUUUUCAGACAUAGCAGAUAAGAAAGACCUCUUCAAAGACUGCUUGAGCGGUUACAUUUCUGCCAAGAUAAUUCAAGACUAGGUGUGGUUUGAGUUAUGUUGUUUUCUCCUCUAUAAGAACAUAUUUACACAGUGUUAUAGAAGUAGUUCAUCCUUCAAGAUUUAUUCUUUGAAGCUAUUCUAGUGACCACUACGUUUAUCCAAGCUGAGGGUAAAUGUCAAGAACGCACAAGUUUUGAGUUGGAAAGGUAGUCAGCAGAGGGCAGUAGUGUUACUUUGUUAACUCUUGUAGAUUCAGAAGCUUUGCUGUCCUAGGACCAGUUUUUUCUGCCCAUCCAAGCCAUGACAUUAAAACCCUCUCUGGAUUAAUCAAUACAGCCCUUUUUUAAUAUAUCACAUACUAUUCUUCCAGUAAUCCAAGACAGGUUCACUUACUAGAUUGGGCUACACACAGGCAUUCCGUCUUUGAUGAAAUUUAAUAGUAUUUAAGCCAUUUAGAAUCAAAAGCAAGUUAACCACAGCUGACAACAUGUUGUUGCACACAUUCAUUUCCUGUCAUGGAUCAGUUUCCAGAUGCCUCUGCUGAGGUGCAAUGAAACCCUUCCAACAAGGCAAAAGAUAAGACCAUCUUUUAUAUCUUGGUUAAUUGAAAUCAAUUAAAUCAUUAAAACUGUAAAUAUAGUCCAGUAGUAUUUGAUGAUUUAAAGUAAUUAUUUAACAAAAAAAGACUAUUGACCUGAGUUGGGGUCCCUUUUUUCUUUUGCUAUUGGCAGUUAAAUGAAUAAUUAUCAUAUUUUUCCCUCUUUCAAAUGUCGAAGUCCAAGAUUGUUCCCUAUAAUAUAAUUGGGCAGAAAAUACAAAUAUUCAGUGUGUCUGAUUAGUGUGUUUAAUUUAUUUUUAAUGAUUUUGAUUCCUUAAAUUGUAUUUUAUUUCCAGCAAUUGAAUUGCUUUAAACUUUCCCUUUUAUUCUCCCCCCCCAUGUAUGUGUUUAAUCCACCCUUGGAUCAUCCAAAUACACACCAUUAAUGCCUUGUGUAUAUGUUUGGCAGAGCAAACCAGGGCAGCAUUAAAACGGCCAUUUCUGUGCAUUAACUGAAGCUUUCAGCCUGUUUUCAGCUUGUGAACUACUCGAUAUCUGUGCUUGACCUCAAAGGUUGUGUUCAUUGUUCUGUGCCCAAAAGGAGUUCAGUAUACCACCAGAUCUGUAUCUUUACCCUCAUUGAGUACACAUAAAUGGAAGCUGUCAUUCUUAUUGAUUGAUGUCUGAUUGUUUCUGACACUGAAUUGCACUCGUUGAAUAAAGACUGAGCAGUGGGGCUCUACUCACUGCUCAUAAAUGAUGGGA